CCCGUUUCCAUGAUUUUCUCACUGAAAACAGCGUGAUGUCGCAGAACCAGCACAGUGUCCCACAGCAACCUCGACCCUCCGGUGGACAUGUGACAGCAAGAGUGGUAAAUUUGAAUUCCGAUAGGCUCUGCGUAAGCCCCAAGCGAGAUCACAAGUCUGAAAACUAUGAGGACCUUCAACUGGAUUUCAAUCCUCACGUCUUCGGCUCACUGGAGCAGUAUUUGCCUCCUCACGUCCUCAACCUGUCACGUGAGGUUAAGGUUCGGUAUAUGAGGAACAUUCUGCUUCGCUAUUUCCCCGAGAAUGACCGCAAUCGGAUUCAAAAGCUGAGGGAGUACAGGCUGAAGAUCAUAUUAAAUUAUCCACCACUACAUAGGGAGAUAUAUACUAUGGAUGCUGAGAACUUUUUCACGCCAUCAUUUCUCAGAGCAAUUAAAGAAAACACCGAAGCAAGUUUUAGAAGUAUAAUGGCUGAACCUAGUACAGGAAUUUAUACAUUUGAAAUGCUUCAACCCCAAUUUUGUAAAAAACUGAUGUCUGAGGUGGAUAGUUUUGAAAGAUGGGUUCGUGGUACCAAACUCAGAAUCAUGCGCCCUAGUACUAUGAAUAAACAUGGUGUUGUUCUUGAAGAUUUUGGGCUGGAAACCAUGCUUGACAGAUUUAUGAGUGAUAUCAUACAUCCCAUAUCACGAGUUUUCUACAGUGAAUUUGGUGGAUCCUCGCUGGACUCUCACCACGGUUUUGUUGUUGAAUAUGGAAUCAGUAAAGACCUUGAACUUGGUUUACAUGUGGAUGAUGCAGAAGUCUCCUUGAAUGUUUGCUUGGGAAAAGAAUUUUCUGGCGGGGAAGUGUUCUUCCAGGGUGUUCGAUGUGAAGAACAUGUACUAUCAAUAGCCCAGCCAGGGGAGAUCUUCAAUUAUUCCCAUGUUCCAGGACACGCAAUUCUUCAUCCUGGCCGUCAACGGCAUGGUGCAAGACCUACAACAUCUGGGAACAGGAUGAAUUUAAUCAUCUGGUGUAGAAGUUCGGCUUUCAGAGAGUUGAAGAAAUAUCAGAGAGAUUUUCCUAGCUGGUGUGGAGAAUGCAAACGCAAGAAGAAGGAGAGAGCCCGGUUAUCGCUUAUGGUCUCCCAACAGGAAUUACUGAAGAGGGAAAUAUAAUCGGUCUCGUGCACUUGCACAUCCAAAUCGUGCGUGUAUAGUUUGUAGAUUCUGGAUUUUUGUACGAAAUGAAACAUUAUUUUAGUUGAAAGUUAUAGGCAUUCGUUUCAUAAUGUAAAUGGAUGUUUUUUAUUUUCUUUCCUUUUGGUU